CUUUUGGCAUUAUCAUAAUCAUCCCAUGAUCGCUUCGCUUCCCAACGCAAUCCUCUGAAUCUCCUCCCCCCAUGUCACCAGCCUCCUCCCUCCGCCGCUUAGCCGUCGGAGCCGCCGUAAUCGCCGCCGCAUCCGGCGGUGGCGCUGUCUACCUCUCCCCGUCGGUUGCCUCCAGCGACAGAGGCGGUGGUCCGAUUCUCGAUUCGCUGAGGCGCAGGAUCGGUGAUCCGAACGCUUCCGUGCCUUCUCGAUCUGCUCAAGAGUCUGUGCUGAUCGGAGCCAGCGCUUCUAAUCCUCUCGAUGUACUCGUCAUUGGCGGUGGAGCCACGGGCUCUGGAGUGGCGCUCGACGCUGUGACGCGUGGACUCCGUGUUGGUCUGGUGGAGCGGGAGGAUUUCUCCUCGGGGACGUCUUCUCGUUCGACGAAGCUUAUCCAUGGAGGUGUUCGCUACUUGGAGAAAGCUGUAUUCAAUCUUGAUUAUGGACAGCUAAAGCUUGUAUUCCACGCGCUUGAGGAGCGCAAACAGCUCAUUGAAAACGCGCCACAUCUCUGCCACGCUCUCCCCUGCAUGACACCUUGUUUCGACUGGUUCGAAGUUGUCUACUUCUGGAUGGGACUGAAGAUGUACGACUUGGUCGCAGGACCACGGUUACUACAUCUCUCUAGGUACUACUCUGCUCAGGAGUCUGCUGAGCUCUUCCCAACUCUUGCAAGGAAAGGGAAAGACAAGAGCUUGAGGGGCACUGUUGUGUAUUACGAUGGGCAAAUGAAUGAUUCACGUCUUAAUGUGGGGUUGGCUUGUACUGCCGCGUUGGCUGGUGCCGCUGUUCUCAACCAUGCUGAGGUUGUGUCGCUUAUUACAGAUGAGGCUACUAAGAGAAUAGUUGGUGCCAGAGUUCGUAACAAUCUCACAGGCAAAGAAUUUGAGAGCUAUGCGAAAGUGGUUGUUAAUGCGGCUGGACCGUUCUGUGACUCCAUUAGGAAGAUGGUUGAUGAAGAUACGAAGCCGAUGAUAUGUCCAAGCAGCGGUGUACACAUUGUGCUCCCUGAUUACUAUUCUCCAGAAGGGAUGGGGUUGAUAGUCCCUAAAACUAAGGAUGGUCGCGUUGUGUUCAUGUUACCGUGGUUGGGAAGAACAGUAGCAGGUACUACGGACUCUAACACCUCGAUCACUCCGCUUCCAGAACCUCAUGAGGAUGAGAUUCAGUUUAUACUGGAUGCAAUCAGUGACUAUCUUAACAUUAAGGUUCGACGUACUGAUGUUCUUUCGGCUUGGAGUGGUAUCCGACCAUUGGCCAUGGAUCCAACAGCAAAGAGCACAGAGAGUAUCUCCAGAGACCAUGUUGUCUUCGAGGAAAACCCUGGUUUGGUUACAAUCACUGGUGGAAAAUGGACAACUUAUCGAAGCAUGGCGGAAGAUGCGGUUGAUGCAGCAAUCAAAUCUGGAAAGCUGAGUCCAACCAAUGGAUGUGUAACGCAGAAGCUACAGAUUCUUGGUUCUCAUGGAUGGGAACCGUCUUCUUUCACAGCUCUUGCGCAGCAAUACGUGCGCAUGAAGAAAACAUAUGGUGGUAAAGUGGUUCCUGGAGCAAUGGACACAGCUGCGGCUAAGCAUUUGUCACAUGCUUAUGGUUCAAUGGCUGACCGAGUCGCCAUAAUAGCUCAGGAGGAGGGUUUGGGGAAACGGUUGGCACAUGGACAUCCGUUUCUGGAAGCAGAGGUUGCUUACUGUGCAAGGCACGAGUACUGCGAGUCAGCGGUUGAUUUCAUAGCAAGGAGAUGUAGAAUAGCGUUCUUGGACACAGAUGCAGCGGCGAGGGCGUUGCAGCGUGUGGUGGAGAUACUAGCGAGUGAACACAAGUGGGACAAGUCGAGGGAGAAGCAGGAGUUGCAAAAGGCUAAAGAGUUUCUUCAAACUUUCAAGUCUUCCAAAAACGCACAGUUUCACGAUGGCAAACACAACUAAAAGCUGCUUGCCUCUGAGCAAAAUAUAAAACUACUCUAUUGAAUUUAUUGUUAUCUGCUAUUUUCCAAUUGUUGAUGGCUCUUAGGUACUUACUUAGCUACGGGCGGGAAGGAAUAAAACUGUAUACGGAUGGAAUAAUACUGCGACUACUCAAAUGUUUAUUGGAUUAAAACACUUUGUUCCGUCUUCAAAAUGUGAAUUUUUACAUUGUUCUCUAA